GUGACCGUUAGUUACCUCUGCUGCUCAUCUGCGCUCCGCAUCGAGCUGCGCUAUAAAAGCCUGCCUGGGGAGAAAAAACAGUUUUCCGAGACAUUGACAAAGAACAGCAAGGAGCACAGCGGCGUCAGGGGGACGCAGUUUUCAGCCUCGUUUUCCCUUCUGUUUAGGAAAAUAAGGACUUUCAAACUGAUGACAAGCAGAAGAACGACUAAACACCAAGACUAAAGUGCGGAGCUGGGGUUGGCUCUCUGAGGAAAGGAAGACGGCAACAUGGCAGUCUCCACUCAGCUGGGUCUACUGCUGUGGAAGAACUUCACCUACAGACGAAGACAAACUAUCCAGCUGCUGAUUGAGAUCAUUUGGCCCUUGUUUAUCUUUUUCAUCCUGAUAUCGGUCCGGAUAUAUUAUCCACCCUUUGAGCAACAUGAAUGCCACUUCCCUAACAAGGCCAUGCCCUCUGCAGGUACCCUACCCUGGGUACAAGGCAUUAUCUGUAACGCCAACAAUCCCUGCUUUCGUAAUCCGACCCCUGGAGAGAGUCCAGGCAUCGUUGGAAAUUUUAAUGACUCUAUAAUCUCCCGACUCUUUAAUGAUGCAAAGAAGAUCCUGCUGUACACACAGAACGAUAAGAGCUAUCAAGGCUACAAAGGAAUGCUGAGGGCCCUCAGGAAGCUUCAGGAGAACCCUGCUCGAUUCAAGCUGAAAGAUUUCUUGAGAGACGAUGAGACUCUUUCUCACUUUCUGCACCACAACGCGUCGCUUUCUCAUCACACACUGAAGCAGGUUUUGGAGGCCGACGUCAAUUUGGAGAAGGUGCUCACAAAAGGUUUUGGAUUCCAUCUGAGAGAUCUUUGCAACACAACACCUCUGGAGGAGUUUGUCCACAUUGAAGACCGCAACGUGUCCCAGUUGACUCAAGAAAUCAUUUGCAAAUCAUCCAGUGACUGGCUGAACAAGGCUCAGAACAACUUCCUCUCCAAUUUGGACUUUCUAAAACCGAUUCGGAAGGAUGUGAGGUCCAACCCCAAAGUGGUCCAAGAAGUUGCAACCGCGACCGACAACCUUCUGGAGAGCCUUGGAGCGCUGGGGGUCGAGCUUGCCAGUAUGAAGAGCUGGAAAGAAAUGAGAAAGGAGAUCCUGUAUCUGACUGCAAACUCAACAGGAUCUCCGAAGCAGGUGUACCAAGCUGUGUCGCGUAUUGUUUGCGGACAUCCAGAGGGAGGCGGCCUGAAAAUCAAGUCCCUCAACUGGUACGAAGACAACAACUACAAAGCUCUGUUUGGACACCGCGGCAAUGACACUGACAGUGAGCCCGUCUCCACUUAUGACAACUCUUCCACUCCCUACUGUAACAGCCUGAUGAAGAACCUUGAGUCCAGCCCCAUUUCCAGGAUGAUAUGGAGAGCCCUUAAACCUCUUCUCAUGGGGAAGAUCCUGUACACCCCAGACACUCCAGCAACACAGAGGAUCAUCCAUGAGGUUAAUAAGACCUUCCAGGAGUUGGGCGUGCUGAGAGACCUGGGGGGCAUGUGGGAGGAAAUGAAGCCCAAAUUAUGGAACUUCAUGGAGAACAGCGAGGAGAUGGACUUAGUCAGGUCCCUGCUCCAAAGCAACGCCAGCGCUGCUUUUCUGAACACUCAGCUCAGUGAGACUGAGUGGCGGGUGCCAGAUGUGGCAGACUUCCUCACAAAAGCCUCCGAGGACCAAAGACCUGCGGGCUCUGCGUACACAUGGAGAAAUGCGUUCAACGAAACGGACCAGGCCAUAAAGACCAUUUCACAGUUUAUGGAGUGUGUGAACUUGGACAAAUUGGAGCCAGUUGCCAAUGAGGAACGCUUGGUCAACAAGUCAAUGGGUCUUCUGAAUAACCAGAAGUUCUGGGCUGGAAUCGUGUUUCCCGACAUCCUUCCAAACAACAGCACAGACCUGCCGUCCAACGUCAACUACAAAAUCCGCAUGGACAUCGAUAAUGUGGAGAGGACGAACAAGAUUAAAGACGGAUACUGGGAUCCUGGUCCCAGAGCAGACCCCUUCGAGGACCUCCGGUACGUCUGGGGUGGAUUUUCUUACCUGCAGGACGUCAUUGAACAAGGAAUUAUCCGAGCCAUCACCGGCACGAAGGAGAAGACGGGCAUCUACAUUCAACAAAUGCCGUACCCCUGCUACGUCGAUGACAUAUUCCUACGAGUUAUGAGCCGGUCGAUGCCUCUUUUCAUGACUUUGGCAUGGAUGUACUCUGUGGCCAUCAUUAUUAAAGGCGUGGUGUAUGAGAAGGAGGCGCGGCUGAAGGAGACCAUGAGGAUCAUGGGACUGAACAAUGGCACCCUGUGGCUGAGCUGGUUCAUCAGCAGUUUAAUCCCACUACUGAUCAGCGCAGGCUUACUGGUGGUCUUGCUGAAGAUGGGCAACCUGUUGCCAUACAGCGACUCGGGCGUCGUGUUUCUUUUCCUGGGAUCCUUCGGCGUCGUGACCAUCAUGCAGUGUUUUCUCAUCAGCACUCUGUUUUCUCGUGCCAACCUGGCGGCGGCCUGCGGAGGAAUAAUAUACUUCACCCUCUACCUGCCCUACGUUCUUUGUGUCGCCUGGCAAGACUACGUGGGAUUCGGAGCAAAGCUUGUUGUGAGUCUUCUGUCGCCUGUUGCUUUCGGUUUUGGCUGCGAGUACUUCGCCCUGUUUGAAGAGCAAGGCGUUGGGAUCCAGUGGUCAAACCUACUCGCGAGCCCCCUGGAGGAGGACAGCUACAACCUGACCACCUCUAUCUGCAUCAUGCUGUUUGUUUUGACAGUGCUGUACGGAAUAUGACCUGGUACAUACAUCGAGGCGGUUGUGCCCUGUAACACGCCAAAACGGGCAACAAUUAGAAUCUGCAGAUUCAGCGAAAGUUUAGCUGACACCAUCCUCCGCUAA